UAGGUGGGACCUUUUCAUCUCCCACCUGCUUCGAACCUUGGAGCUGUUGGUCCUCCAAUUAAAAUACCGCCUGGUGAGAUGUCCUUGUACACUUGGUGUUCUCUCGUGGACUCCUUGAUCACUGGAGCUCAAAUUAAGGCUUCCUCAGUGCUUCAUGUCCUUAACCAACCAAGCUCAUCAUCAGAUGACUCUUUUCCAGCCCAAGUCUUGCCUCCCAGCUUCAGAGCUGGUCUGGGUACCAUCAGCUGUAGCUGGAAGAGAAGAGGGGGCAAGGAUUGACUUCAGCCCAGCUCAUCUUUGGAGCAUCUAACUUAUCUCCAAAGAGCACAAGGAGAUUUGAGCUCCUCAUUCUUCUUCUGCAGCUCCUCCUUCUUCUCUGGGCCAACCUGGCCUCUGUACCUGCAGAACGCACGGGGGCAGGUCCACUGCAAAGCAAGUCGGGUCACAGCCUGGAUCAGUAGUCCUGGGGAUUCAGAGCCUUCUCCAAGCACAAUGAUGAGGUCCAGGGACAUCUUCUGCCUUCUUCCAGCAUUCAUUGCCCUCUGGGCCAAGCUGCCUGUGGUGUCUGCAGACCUUGGUAUCUGCAUCAUCCCCCCGGACGAAGGACUCUGCUUUAUCCUGCAAGAGCGCUGGUACUUCAGCUAUGAGAGAAAGGAGUGCCUGCCCUUCACCUGGGGGGGAUGCCAUGGGAACGAGAACAACUUUGAGAGUCGGAAAUUGUGUGAAGCUGCCUGCAGCAGAUACGCCUAACAAGGAUGCUGGAGAAGACAAGGUUCCUCUGAGCAUCAGCUGAGAAGCAGCUGAGAAGAGGGGCAAGAUUCUGCACCAGGCAGCAUCUCCUGCUGGGGGUUCGCUUUGUGUUUCUCCUCUCCAAAUA